UGAUUCAUUAACUUGUUUACACCAAUAAGGCCAACCCCUUGUUGUUUUGAUUGCUCCUCAUGUUUACAUUUUUAAUUAGGCUGUUAUGAAUGUAAAUGUAUAAAGGAUCCAAAGUCAAAGGAAAUUGUAAUUUUGCCAAUUCUGAGAAGUGAGAUGGGUAUGAGAAAUCAUGAUUAUAUAUUAGAAUAACUGUUUCAAAAUGCAAGAUUGUCUAUAAAAUAAAGUGCGAUAAAUGAUGAGUACGUAGAUGACGACUGCAGGAAAUAGUCAAACACAUGGCACUAUAUUUGAGAUGGCUGACUCUCCAUCUUUCAUUGGACCAUAUCUUGUACGGAAGGUGGAUGGCUAUGAUCGCCUUAGAGAUUUUGUGAACAUCAUAUCAUUCAAUGCCAACAUUAAGAAUCGAUUUACAGUGGAAAAGCUAAUAGAGCAUACAUCAUAUGUUGAAGAUUUUGUUGGCUCAUUAUGCAAAUUCGUUGGAGAAAAAGUUCCUGGGUUAAGGAUAAAUGAAAUAAUAAGACGUGGUAGUUACUAUGACAAUGCAAAGGUGAUGUCACCGGAUGAGUAUGACUUCAUGCCAAUUUUAGCACUUUCCUAUGAUGAUGCUGUAAAUGUGAAGGAUCCGCCAAAAGAAUGUUCAUUUGCUGCUAGGGGAUAUAAGCUUAUCAACAUUAACCCAGACAAUCUGAAAGAAGAAAUUCCUAGAGGAUCAUGGAGGAAGAAUAAAGAUGGGGAAUGUCAGUUAGACUUAAAAGUGCUUAUGAUACUACUACAUAUUGUGAAAGAUUUUGUUAUACAACACAGUAAAUUCAGAGAAGAACUUUUGGAAGAUCCAAAUGCUGUAUAUGAUGAAGGAGUGACAAGCAUGCAGCAGUUUUUACAUGGUACUUGUAUUAUGUUACGUAUGUGGGCCCCUUUAUGCACCACAGACAUAGAUCUUUGUUUCUGCAUCGAGCAGAAGAAUCAAAGUGAUGAACGAAGAGUUUUGGUUGGUGACUGUAUAAAUGGAGGAGGUUGUGGGUAUUGUACACUGAAAGGAAGAAGUACUCCUGGGUCUGUAGAUCACUGGACUGAGUCAUUCUUCGAUAUUUCACCUGAUCAACAUUUAUACAUUCUAGACACAAUGCAUAAGAAAUUAUUUGUGACAUUGAAAUUUCUGUCAUAUCUUCUAAAUAAGAGGCUAUAUGAUAUUCUAGAGGGAGAUAUCAGCAUCCAGAGAGAAUUGUCUUCAUACGUCUACAAGAUGAUUUUGUUACAUCAUCAACAUUCUUGCCAAAGUACAAACAUCGGGAUAUGUUUUGAAACAAUCGUUGAACUUUAUUUCAACAGAUCAACCAAGAAUGAUGCUGACACUGUUACUUAUUCCCCAAAGGGAAAGGAAGAAAUCGUUAAAAUCCCAGAUAUAUAUUUUCCAAAGAGGACAGUUGUGGACAUUGAAUCUGAGCACCUACUUGAAUUUGUGUUGUUGCUAUGGAUUCAGAGGCAUGUAAAGCACAACACAAAUACUACAUGGUGGAAUGACCUCUUAGAUAAGGAUUUCCCAAAUAAUGUUAAACAAGGAGACCUACUACAAACACUUCUUGAUACAUUAAAAUGGGUUAUCCAGUUCCAGGACCCUAGAACAGAUGCCCCUAAAGUUAAUCCACGCUAUACAUGGAUACAUGAUGAUAAUGUCAAAACUGUGGUUGCACUUUCUGACUAGACCUAUUAUUGUUUGAAUGCAAAAAUUCUAGGCAUGGGAAAAUGGUUACCUACUCAUCUGUUCAACAAUACAAAAAAUGUUAGGGGGUGUAUUUACCUCUUUAAUUUUUAAAUUGUGUUUUCUUAAAUUACAUUUUUCAAACAGUAGUAACACAAAAAAAGUUAGAAGAAAGAAGAUGCAAACUAUAGGUUAUUUUGAAUUUCAUGAAACCUUGGUAUAUUUUUGUGUCAGAAUAAGAAAAAUUGGAGUUCAAAAUUAAAGUUUUCACUUCAGGAGCCAAGUAAAAUAUAUUUGCAACUACAUGUAGCUUCAUUUCUCAAGAGGGUUCGCUAGCAUUAAAAACAUAAUUUUUGAAAUUAAAUUGUAGCCUGAAUGUACAAUA